UAGAAAAUGCAAUAGAGAUUCAUUUGUGAAAUAAAAUUGUAACUCUAAAAUGUACACUGUUAAUCUUCAUAAAUAGUUAAUAUGAAAUGCCCAAAGUGAUUGAAAUAAAAUAUAAAUUGAGACAUCCUUUGCCAAUGUUUGCCAAGUUUUUAAACUAUUUUAUUUUAUCAGUUCUUUAAAAAUGAACUUCAUUACUUCAUUAAUAUUCAUAAUGUUGCAUUUUCCCAUGUCAUUAUAGACUUUGGGACCACAACAAAACAUUUUCAGUAAGGGGUUCUUUAGUGGCCUUGUACAGUAAUCAAAAAUGUAUGCAUUUUGAUUGGUUUUCAAUACGUGUCAAAAAUGACCCGAAGGACAAAAGGAAGGUGCCGUUUCUGAAGACAAUAGGAGGGUUAACAUUGCUCUAAACGUUUAACUUUUUCAAAACCAUUAAAAAGGCUCCUGAUAAGAAUAAGUGACCUAAUUUCCAUGGAGACUGUAAGCAGUAGGUGGGUAUGCUGAAAGGUAUUCGGUCAAGUGUCGUUCCUUAAUUUUCAUGUUGAAUUUUACCAUAAUGCAGCUCACAUAAAAACAGGGGGCUGGGUGGUUUUGUGAGAGUCAGUGAGUCAGUUAGCAAACACUCAGAUUUGGAGUCUCAUAAUGAUGGUUUUUGAUUCUUUAAAAAAUUCCCUGGGUACCAUUAGCAUUUACAACAAAAUAAUGAAUCACUGAAUCAUCAAAGUGCCUUUACAGUAAAUACUCCCCAAGUUUAAUUCUUGUCCAAACAAUUCUCGUCUAUCCAAUCCAAUCCAAUCUCAUCUCAUUUAUCAUAUGUAUUACAAAGUCUCUAUUUAAGAAACUGAAAGUGAAUUCAAAGUAACUACCGACAAAAUACAAUUCUUUUGAUAUCGAGCACGAAGGUUUGAUAUAUUGAAAUAUAAAUAUCAAGUAAUUCUGAGUGAUGGCGGGUUGGCUAAAUAUACUAACUUGGUUGAUUAUUACUUUAUCUUCAUGUUUAUUAUACAGUAAUGCAGAAUGCUUUGGUAAACUGUUUGGAUGACAUGAUCUGCAUGUUCUUUAAAGUGCUGGUCAUGUACUGCAAAAUUUACUUUCUCGCGGUGCCACCUAUGUGUUACCUGUUAAGUCCACGUCCACAUGAGUCACACUAUGUCACACUUUCCACCCUCUGCCACAACAUGCAGUUGGCUUUUCAUACGAAGUGUUGAUGGUUGGAGCCUGUGAUGCUGCUGUCUCCAUUGCACAUCAGAAUUUCCCCUUUGCCCGCCCACUUUCAUUUUGUGUGGUGUAGUGGGCUGUUUCACUUCAGUCUGUCUAAAUCGUUUGGUAGUGUCUGUUCUGCUCAUGAAUCAAUGUAGCUUUCUCCAGUACUCCUACAGUGAACAAUACUGGGUGAUUAAAUGUUUUACAUGAUCAUUUGACCAAGAAGAGUGUAUCUAUUGGUCAUCACAACAAAAUAAAUCUAUGAAGGUGCUGAGUGGCCACGGCGUGUCUAAAUCGUUGAUCCAAAGCAACAUGGACCUAAUCAGCAUGCCAUCCUCAGCUGUUCACACAAAAUCGGGACUCUCCCUAAGUCAGCAGACUAAUGCCAGUCUGACCAACUCCUCCCACACUGAAAACAUAAACAUCAACCAAAAGCGUUGGAGGAGCAUUUUUCGACAUGUACAGAAAAAGAACAUGGAUUCCAAACAAGCUAAUGUACAUCCCCAAAGACCACUGUUUGGACAAGCCUUGUCUGAUAUCUGUGAAAAAGAUGGAUGCCCUCCCAAACCAAUUAUGGAUAUCCUUACAUUGCUGCUGAAAAAGGGUCUAUAUACUGAAGGGGUGUUCAGGAGAGCAGGCAAUGCCAGGACUCUAAGAGAGAUCAAGACACAACUCAACGAUGGGAUCGAAGUUGAUCUGAAAGAGAAGCCAGUCUUUCUGCUUGCCGAUCUGGUAAAGGACUUUCUAAGACAUCUGCCUGGCAGUUUGCUAAUGGUGGACCAGUACAAGGCCUGGAUUACUGCAAUGAAAAAGCAAGAUAUGACUGAGAAGUAUGCAGAAAUUAAAAUAGUGGUCAACAAGCUUCCUGAGGCAAAUAUUCAGCUCUUGAAGCAUUUAAUUGUUCUCCUCUACCACAUAAGUGAGAAUGCAGAUACGAACAAGAUGGAUUCCAGGAAUCUAGCGGUGUGCGUUUCACCCAACUUGCUGGAAGCAGACAAUGUGGAAAAGAUAAAAGAGGUGACCAAUCUGACACAAUUCCUUAUUGACAACUGUUGUCUGAUAUUCGGUGAGGAUGCCCUGACACUCUUUGGAGACUCUGAUGAAGAUGAACUCAGCGAUAACCAAGAUUCUUUUUCUUCACACCAUCAUGACUCUGCGUACGACAGUAAUGACCCUGAUGCAGAUGGCUACAAGGGCAGUUUUUCUGACAUGGACUCUAUCAAAUCUGUCAUUGAAGAGAAAAACCAAGAAGACCCCAGUGCCGUGGAACCAUGGACUACAAAACUUUUAAUACGUAGACGUUCAGAGCCGGCAUUUGUCUUCAGCCAGAGUGUUCGGCAGCACUUUGCCCUUACCAGGAGCCAGACAGAAAUGGACUUUCAUGACAAACUAUUAACAAAGCAGAUCUCCGAUGACUGUAUUCUGUUAAGGGCAGGUAACAGCUUGGGGACAAGCUGUGGUUUGGUACCUAAAUGUGGGGACCGUCUAGCCUCCAAAGACUGCUCCUAUUGUUCUUCAAGUUCACUUGAGAGCUGUUUCUCCAGUGCCUCUGAGAGCUCUAUCCACAACAGUCCUUCUAUCGCCCCUUCAUCCAAUCAGAGAAGGGCCCUUCAACGCAAACAUUCCUUCUUCACCCGCCAAUCAGAGACCCCAAAAAGACGCUCGCAAUCAUUGAAGACUGCGCACAUCAGAAGCAGGACAGUUUUUGGGCGAAGUGGCUCGACCAAGCGGGCGAUCAAGAGAACCUUGCGUCAUAGCCAGACUUUACCGGAGGUACUGAAUCCCAGUCCAGAAUCAUUCUCCCCUUUAUGUGAGCCAAGACGUUUUUCUACCGAAGAGGUUUUCCAGCAGGUGGACAGCAGAAUUCCAAGUGAUCCUCCGAGUUAUCAGCAGGCUGUUCAGAACAAUACCCAUCCCGUUCUCUCAAACCGUGGCUCAUUGACUGUUCAGAAUGCCAGGUGCCUAUCAAAACAAACACGUAGCCGCUCCACAUCCCCAAGUGAAGAGACAUUGUUUUCUGGGAAUGAAACUUUUGAUAUCCAAAACAGAGACAAUAAGGAGUCAGGUUGUGAUAGUAUGUUGAGUGGAGCCUCAUCAGAGUUGAGACAGAGGUCCACAUCUGAAACUAUGUAUGAAGAUUCAUUACCAGUGUGGUGUAAUCAGGAACAUGUCAGAGAGACAUAUGUGUGAAUUAUUGGUUACUCUUGUAUUCUCUGUUUAUGUGGAGACAUUAUGUGUGUUUAUGACAAAAAUGUUUUGUUGUACAGUCAAGUAUUUAGUGCAGUUUGCAGUUUUGAAAGAGAGCUUAUUUUGCAUAUGACCUCAUAAUGAGAGCUUCAUGUACAAUUAAGAAUCAAUGAACAAACCAAUAGAUUAAUUGUGCUGAAUUGUUUUUCUGAAAAAAAGCUGAAAGAGUUUUUGGGUUUUUGUUCACCACCCCAACAAAAAAAGAUGUAACUGAAAGGCACUUUGAGGAUAUGUCACUACAUAGGAUCUUGAAUUUUUGUGCAAUGUUUGCAGAACUGAUGUAACAGUUUAAAAUGUGAAUGUCUUUAAAUAAAAUAAAGACAUAAAACAAAGACUGGCCUGUUGCCACUUUAUGCAACUUUGAAAAAAAUGUUGUCUGAAAUCA